AUGUUUUCCAAACAGCGCCACAGUGCGGUGGCGGGAAAGUCAAUGAGGUAAAGAGGGACGUUUCGUAAGGCUAUCUGCUGUGAUAUUUUGCCAUCGCAGUCCGCAGGUGGAUCUAAACAUGACUGAGGUGUUGAAAUCACCUUCUCCUCAAAUUCCCAUUGCUGAAGCUGCAAUUCCCAAGGAGGCUGCUAGUGAUGGGUCUAAAGAGCUUGUAGCAAAGAACACCCAGAAUUCUGAUACGAUGAAAAUUUCACUAAAUGUGGGAAAGAGUGAGGGAAAAGAUGAUCAGGUGGAAGAUGAAACCUUGAGCUCGGAUUCAAAUGAAAUCACGAAAGACAGAGAAGAAGACAGAAUGGAAGAUAUGAAAGAAGAACAAUCAAAGGAAGCCAAGAUAACUAGUGAAAUGGAGAAAGAGGAGAAAAACUUGGAACAAGAAGCUGAAAAAGAAGAAGAAAAAGUCAAAAGUGAACAACAAAAGAUAUGGGACCAGCUGGAUAGUGAAGACAGGGAACAGAGAUACAGUAAGCUUCAGUUUCUGUUGAACAAGAGCACCAUGUACACUAAGUACUUGUUACAGAGGAUGGAGAGACAAAAACAGGAGGACGAGAAAAGAAAGGAGCGACUCGCCAAGAAAAUGGCAAAGAAGGCUCAAAUGGAGAGUUCACAAGAAAAGAAUCCCCCAGCAGAAGAGAGAAGAUCCAGUAGAAACAAGCAGUCAGUUCUCAAUCCCCCCAGCCAACCCACCUCCUCUCAAGAAAGUAAAAAAGGUCGAGGCAGAAAAAGAAAAACCCCAACAGAUUCACCAGAUCAUAAGCCUACUUCAAAGAGAAAAAAAGGAGAAAAUGAAGAUUCCGCAAAUUCAGCUGAAAAUUCAGAAAACAUCACACCCAACACAAAUACUGCUGAUUCACAACCAGUAAACAAGGAUUCUGGUAUGGGCACUGACAGCACUUCACAGUUAGAUGAGGAGGAACGAGCCAGACUGGAGGCAGAGAAGAGGUUAAAAAGGGAGGCAGAGGAGAAAGUCCUGUUGGAGAAGAAUGAGGAGCACCCUGUUCUGUUUACGGGAGGAAGCUUAAGGCAGUACCAAAAGGAGGGCUACAAGUGGCUGAAGACAUUGUAUGAGAAUGGAGUAAAUGGGAUCCUGGCAGAUGAGAUGGGUUUGGGUAAGACUGUACAGUGUAUAGCCCUGAUAUCUCACCUAGUUUACCUGGGAGUUGAUGGCCCUUUCUUGGUUGUUGCUCCUCUUUCAACCAUUCCUAACUGGUAUUCAGAGUUCAGAAGAUUUGCUCCAAAGGUACCUGUGGUGCUCUAUCAUGGAACACCAGAAGAACGCAGUCAACAUCGAGCCAAAAUUAGGAAGAAGACACCAAUUCGUGAGGAGGUUGAGGUUCACCCUGUAGUCAUCACAUCCUAUGAAAUGACAAUGAGGGACAGGAGUCAGCUACAGCAUCAUGAGUGGAAGAUCCUGAUUGUAGACGAGGGCCAUCGAAUCAAAAACACUCAGUGUCGACUUAUCAGAGAGCUGAGGAUGUACAAGAACACUCAUCGCUUACUUCUCACUGGAACACCUCUGCAGAACAAUCUAGCAGAGUUGUGGUCCCUCCUGAACUUCUUGUUACCCGAAAUCUUCGAUGAUCUUGGAAGCUUUGAGAUGUGGUUUGAUGUAGAAAGAUUGUCAGUAGAUGAUGCUGAAGAAAAAAUUGUCAAAGAAGAGCAGCAGAAAAAUAUUCUCUCAAUGCUACAUCAGAUUUUGACUCCAUUCAUGUUGAGACGAUUGAAGCAGGAUGUUGAGCUCAAUUUGCCUCCCAAGAAAGAGGUGUUAGUGUAUGCUCCCAUGUCCACCAUGCAGCAAGAAUUCUACACAGCAACCGUUGACAAAACCAUUAUUGACAAAAUUAAGGAAAAGAAUGAAGGUCCAGAAGUGGUGGAAGUGGACAGCAAUGGCCGACCUGUGAGACAGUCGCGGAACAAGAAGGUGAACUACAACUUGAUGGAGGGGACAGACGACGAUAAGACUGCUGACUCGGAUCUGGAGGAGGAACUGGAGAAAUGGGUCUGUGAUGUCCAGGAAAGCAAGGCAGCAAUGUCAGCCAAUAGAGAGAAACUCCCAGCCAAGUCAGUGGUGACUAUCCGUCUACAACACAUCAUGAUGCAGCUGAGGAAGUGUUGUAACCACCCCUAUCUGCUGGAGUAUCCCCUGACAGAGAGUGGAGAGUACAAGGUAGACGAGGACCUAGUACAGCUGUGUGGAAAGAUGAAACUGCUGGACGUUAUGCUGAAAGAACUUAAAUCCAGGGGGCAUAAGGUGCUGAUCUUCUCUCAGAUGACCAAAAUGCUGGACAUCUUGCAGGACUACUGUUAUCUGAGGAAAUACAAUUUCUGUCGCCUGGAUGGUUCAACCAGCAUACAUGAUCGACAAGAACAGAUGGCUGAGUUCAAUAAUAACCCAGACUCGUUCCUGUUUCUGUUGAGUACCAGAGCUGGAGGAUUAGGAAUU